AUGCCCGCUCCGCGCAUGUCCGCUUGCCUGAAGCUGCCAUGCGGGGAGUCCUGCACCGUUGGGGAGGCAGACGGCAUUUUUUCCGCAUACGCGGAUACUAAAGCUGACUAUGCGGCAGCAAUCAGGCAUCCCGCAACCAUGGCUGCCACCACCGUCUCCGCCAGCCUCAAGGCCGCGUCCCUUGUGCAGCCUAAGGUCAAUGCUGCCUCCCUGAAGGCUGCUCCCGUGUCUCAGGCUUUCGGCCUGAAGUCUGCCUCCUCCAAGGUGUCCUGCUCCCUGGAGGAGAACGUCCGCGGCUUCGUGCAGAAGGCUGCUGAUGCCGGCAAGACCGCCGCUCUUGCUCUCGCCUCGACCGCCCUGCUUGCGUCGGCUGCCCAGGCUGAGAUCCCCAGGCUGACCUUCGAGGAGCUCCAGAGCCUUACCUACUCUGAGGUGAAGGGCAGCGGCAUCGCCAACCAGUGCCCCAUCAUCGCUGGCGGUGUUGAUGGCUUCGCCUUCAAGUCCGGCAAGUACCAGGUCACCAAGAUGUGCCUGGAGCCCACCUCCUUCACCGUGAAGGCCGAGUCCCAGUUCAAGGGCCAGGGCGAGGAUUUCCAGAAGACCAAGCUCAUGACCCGCCUCACAUACACUCUGGACGAGAUUGAGGGUCCCCUUGAGGUCUCCGGCGACAAGAUCAAGUUCACCGAGGUUGACGGCAUUGACUACGCCGCUGUCACCGUCCAGCUGUCCGGUGGCGAGAGGGUGCCGUUCCUCUUCACCAUUAAGGAGCUGGUUGCCUCUGGCACGCCCGACAGCUUCGGCGGGUCCUUCCUGGUGCCGUCCUACCGCGGUGCCACGUUCCUUGACCCCAAGGGCCGUGGUGGUGCCCAAGGGUACGACUCUGCCGUUGCCCUCCCUGCUGGUGGCUUCGGUGACAACGAGAAGCUGAGGAAGGAGAACGAGAAGUCGUACAAGUCCUUGAGCGGCAACAUCACCUUCAGCGUGGCCAAGUCGAACGUUGAGACUGGCGAGAUUGGCGGAGUGUUCACCAGCGUGCAGCCCUCUGACACUGAUAUGGGUGCCAAGGUUCCCAAGGAAGUGAAGAUCCAGGGCAUCUGGUACGCCCAGGAUAUAUGUGCCACGUGGCGAUCCCUCUAUCCACCAAUCACACGACCAUCGGCACCGUUGCUUUCGCUGCUCUCUCGCUCUCUCCCUGUUUGGCCACCUCCCAACCGACUCUACGCCACCACCUCCCGCACCUCUCUCCCGCUGAACCAUCUCAACUUGAACAAGGCAUUCCUGAAGCUCCGCCUCUCCGCCAUGGCGUCCCUGCUUGCUUCUUCGUUCUUAGUCUCCACUCCCGCAGCUUCCCUUGGGAGUUGCGCGACUUUGACAGAUUCUUCUUCGCAGGUUUCCUGCGCAGCUCCCGUGAACCAGGAUGCGCUGAAGGUUGCGGGAUUUCCGCAAGUUUAUUGUGGGCGUGGGGACAAGCGUACCGCGAAAGGAAAGAGGACACGUGGAUCUUUUGGCAACUGCCGGCCGAAGUCUUCGAAGGGCAAGAGCCGCCUGGGCCUGCCUCUGACGCCAGUGCCAGCUGGGAGCGGCUCACGCAAGCGGCUGGAGGACGACACAGAGUACAUCCACAUUGACCUGGACGAGGAGAUCAACCGAUAA